CACCAGGGCUGUUGCUCUGGGACAGCUCCGUAGACCCCGAGUCUGACACUGAACCCCGCACGCAGUCCUGGGAACCGCCUCCCAAGCUCCCGGCAUUCUCCUCCAUCCAGGUAUUUGCCGAUGCAGGUAUCUUCCUGCCGGAGAAGUCACCCUACAGUCACGUCUGCGAAGCUGUAGCUGUCGUCGUCUUCUGCAGCGCCAGGCUUUGCCUGGCCUUAAAGUUAAGUGCUCCUAGGUGCACUACGGUUGGUGGACAGGUUUUAGACGUUGACCUGCAGAAGAUGCAUUUUCUGUACUUCUCUAUGGCAGGAAGUCAUUAUGUGACUAACACAUUGUCAUCAGAUUUCCUCUGAUUUACCAUGAAGUAUAUGUGAGAAUGAUGUGCACUGCCAAAAAAUGUGGAAUUAGGUUCCAGCCUCCGGCUAUUAUCUUAAUCUACGAGAAUGAAAUUAAGGGGAAAAGUCGCCAGCGCAUCAUGCCAGUCCGAAACUUUUCCAAGUAUUCAGAUUGCAACAGAGCUGCUGAACAAUUAAAGAAUAAUCCACGACACAAGGGUUACCUGGAACAGGUAUCCCUGAAGCAGCUAGAGAAGUUAUUCAGCUUUUUACGAGGUAACUUGUGGGGGCAGAGUCUGGCAGAAACAAUGGAACAGAUUCAACGGGAAACAACCAUUGAUCCUGAGGAAGACCUGAACAAACUAGAUGACAAGGAACUUGCCAAAAGGAAGAGCAUCAUGGAUGAACUUUUUGAGAAAAAUCAGAAGAAAAAGGAUGAUCCAAAUUUUGUCUAUGAUAUUGAAGUGGAGUUCCCACAGGAUGAACAGCUACAGUCCUGUGGCUGGGACACAGAGUCAGCUGAAGAGUUCUGAUAACCAAAAACUGGGGAAAAAAAAUUAUUGAGUAAAUGCAUAUUUACACAAGACCAUAGAUUGAUUGUAGAAAAAUCUUUAAAGAACACUGUACGUAUUAGGUCACAUUUGGAUUGACAGUGUUACUUUUCCAAACCGGGAUAUGUAUAGCAUCUACUAUGUAGGUGCAUGUGGAAUAUAGGAAAACAAAAUAUAGGGAUCUGCCUUUAAGGAGCUUACAGUCUAGUUGGAAGAUAAGUCAAAAGCUUGUGAAAAGCUAAUUUAAUGGUAUUAGGCAGCAAAAAGAUUAGUUCCAAAUGCUUGAUAAAGGCUCGAGAAGAUCAGAACCUAGAUUACUGUAGGGUAGAAUAGUCAGGAAGGACUUUGUCCUUCAGUGGCAAAGUGGUAUUUUGCUGGCUCUUGAGAUGGUAGUAUUUGGAUAGAAGCUUAGGUAGGAUUCUUGAUUAGAGAAAUUGGGAAGAAAAAAAGAGGGAUGUUGUGGGGGAUUGGGAAAGACAUAGGAAUUAGAACAUUUUAUUUGAGGAACAGUAAGCAAAUUAUAAUGUGAUAAUAUUGGAGGACAUGAUGAUUACCAGGGGAUUAUCCUGUAUAUAUUAUCUUUAUAUGUAUUAACUCUGUAGUAGAUGAGAACCCCUGUAGAAUGCUCUGUAGCUGCAAAUGGAUAUAAUUUGAUGGACAGCAGGAGAAUUCUGGUCCCCUGCUGCUAAUAUAUUCCUGUAUAUAUUAUCUUUAUAUAUAUUUAACUCUAUGAUGAGAACCCCUGUAGAAUGCUCUGUAGCUGCAAAUGGAUAUAAUUUGAUGGACAGCAGGGGAAUUCUGGUCCCUCUCCCUGCCCUAGUAUCAGGAAAUACACACUCAAGACAUUCUGAAACCUGAACCUCUGCUCAUAAAUAAGUUUUUUCAUAAAAUGGGAAAUCUACCCAUAAUAAAUGAACAUAAGUACUGCCAGUUUAGGCCUAUUAAUGAGUUUGUAUCUACAAAGAGAAGAUAUUUGUUGUACACGGUUAUAUAUGUAUAGAUACCUCUUUCUUCAUAUUAGAAUAUUAUUUAAUUGGUAGAAAUCCUCUGUUUUCUGCAAGGAAAUUAGUACUCAUUAAAUAAAGUUGUAAAAAGUACUCUUUCUACCUGUCCAUCUCUACUCUCUUGAGCAGUAUAAGUCUCAUUAAAAAGAUCAUUCUUAUAGUAGUAUCACCAAGGAUUUAAGAUGGCCAUGUCACAAAUGUUUAUUUGCCAAAGGUAGCAAAAGAACUUUCAGAGCUGGAGCUCCUACCAUAACUGCAUAUUACUUCACUGUGUUGAUAUAGAUGAUCUACUUCAAAAGUUGGCCUUGGGUUGGUUUCCCCUUUCACUAUUACUAACAGUACCACA